AUAGUAAAGGAGAAGGAGAGAUUCCGAAAAGCACCACCAAACUAUGCCAUGAAGAAAACUCAGCUACUAAAAGAAAAGGCCAUGGCAGAAGACUUGGGAGACCAGGACAGAGCAAAACAGAUUCAAGACCAGCUUAAUGAGUUAGAAGAAAGAGCAGAAGCCUUAGAUCGUCAGAGAACAAAAAACAUUUCAGCCAUCAGUUAUAUCAACCAGAGAAAUAGAGAAUGGAAUAUUGUGGAAUCUGAAAAAGCUUUAGUGGCUGAAAGCCACAGUAUGAAAAACCAGCAAAUGGAUCCAUUUACUAGACGGCAGUGUAAACCUACAAUAGUCUCAAAUUCUAGGGAUCCUGCCGUACAGGCUGCUAUCAUUGCGCAACUAAAUGCAAAAUAUGGAUCUGGUGUGUUACCUGAUGCUCCAAAAGACAUGACCAAGAACCAGGGUAAAGACAAAGAUAUGAAUUCGAAAUCAGCCAGUGAUCUCUCAGAGGAUCUUUUCAAAGUGCACGAUUUUGAUGUGAAAAUUGACCUUCAGGUUCCUAGUUCAGAGUCCAAAACACUGGCCAUCACUUCCAAGGCUCCCCCUGCAAAAGAUGGUGCCCCUCGGAGAUCACUGAACCUAGAGGACUACAAGAAAAGGCGGGGGCUGAUCUGAGCAUUCCUACUCUCUGCUGCUUCUGAUCCUGCAUGCUACAUGAUCUCCUUUACACCCCUUUAUUUUCUUCCCUUCUACUUCAGUUGACCCUUUUGGGUUGGAGCAGCAGCUACAGAGCUAGGAAGAGACUCUUUAAAAUUGCCAGCCAUCUGUAAUAUAAAUCACUGACUUUUUGCUGUAUAGACUUCCCUUAUUGCUCUUCCCUCCUGCGAUACACAAAUAUGGAUCCAUGCUAUUUUUAGGGAGGGGAAGAAUUUUUUUUUCAUUUUGGAAGUACAGCUGUUUGGAAUUGGCUGUCUGUAUUCAGUGUUAACUUGGAAUCUGGAUUUCUGCAGGAAUCUGUCGGUGGCCGAGCAGUGUUAGCACUUUGCUUUUCCACCAUCCCAGGCAAGGAGAAUUUACCCGCGUGUGGCACAAGACCUCUUGUGAAGGUCCCUUGCACUUUUCCCUCUUCUUCUUUCCCUUUGCUCCUAGCUUUGGAGAGGGACAUAUUUACAAACAGGUUUCGGGUGAAAGUGUACAUUUUUGUGGGGGUGGGGUGGGCUGUGUGAACUUUUUUCCAGAUGUUUUUUUAUCAUUUUUAACCUGCAGUAAAUUUGUAUUUGUCAUAGUUCUUUAAAGAUGUCUGGAAUUUCUACCAACUACAUUUGAGCAUCUGACACAGCAGAGGCAAUUUAGUAAAUGUGAUUUUUUAAAAAACAGACAAACAAAAAUGGCCUGGCUAACAAUAGCUGUGCAAGUUCACACUUCUCUGUUUUCUUUUUAUAAAAAUGCCUCCCGUCUCUCCCUCCUAUAUCUGGCUUUAUAAUACAGUAAUAUAUAUAUAUACUGUUGAGUGACCUAUUAUAGGAAGGUAAGGCACUAUGUCUUCUCUGGCUGCUACUUGGAUCUUCUCUUCCAUUUCCCCUGCCCCUCCCCAAAACAGAAAUAUGUGUGGUCAUCCCCUUUGCUGCUCAGCCUCAUAUUUUCUAGGCUAGACUAGAUAUCUUUUCGUUUGCAUACUUUUUUGGGGAAAAUGCUGAAUGGGAAGGAUAUGGUAGAAUUGGGAGAUUAUUUUAAAUUGCAGUUAUUUCACCCAUAUAACAUUAGUAGGUACAACGCGUGUGGUUGUGAACCUUAAGAAAGGAUUGUACAUGUGGAGUGCUCAAAUAGGAAACAUGACUGCUUGAUAAUCACUCAGGGGUAAAGAUCAACGUGUAAAUAAAUGACAUUUUAUCAAGAACUACCAUGGGUUAUAUUGAAUUUAGUACAUGAAUAAUGAGAGGUUUCACUAGUGCCAGUUUGGGAAACCUAAACAAAGGAUAUUUUCCUGACUCAAGAAUCAGAAGGAGACCAUACAUGAAGCAUUUUUAAGCCCAGAAUAUUUAUGGUUACAUCUAAACAGACAUUUGAAUCUCGUGGCUGUGAUCUGUGAGUAUCCUUCUUGAUGCUUUAAUUCAUUUUUUUUCUUUAAUUGCUUAUUUAAUGCAAGGGGAAAACGUAUCUGUGUAAAACCUAUGAAAUGAAAGGGGAGGGGAAACUCCUCCGUAGAUUGUGUGAAGUGUGUGGCUUUAUUUACUAGAUAGUCCACAGCUUUAUGGACUGUUGUGUAAAUAUGUAAUCAUUCUAGUUUGCUUUGUUUUUCUUUUCUUUUUCAAACUACAUUUCUCAAGCUCUUGUGGUCUGUUAUUUUUUUAAAUGGAUUUCUGGAAUAUGCCGGUGUAUAACUGGGAGUCAUCAUGAUAUACUGUGUAAAUAAGCAAUAUUAUCACUUGAUUUUUUUCUCCUCUGCCUGUAUCAUUUGUAGUAGCCAGUCCCCCAUUACUAAUAUUUCUGAUAUAGAAAAUAGAUUUGCAAUACUUUUACAGGUUUUUGAUCGCCCACCGAUUUCUAUAAAGCUGUGACAUGAGAGAAAGAAAAGAGCAAGCAAAGAUUUAGCGUCUUAUGUUUCUACCUAAUUAUAUCAUGGCAGUCCGUGACAGACUUUUGUAGCCAGAGGUAGACUUUAUGACAUUGGCCUUAUAAUCAAAGUGCAGAAGAUUUUUUUUUCUCUUAAGUUGUAAAUAAAGCAUUGGUUUCCUCUCCUCCAAUUGGGUAAGAGCAAUGUUUCUCAACCUCAGCAACGUUAAGAUGUGUGGACCUAAUUCCAGAAUUAAAAGUUGGCUGAGGAAUUCUAGGAAUUGAAGUCCUCACAUCCUAAUGUUCCUCAGGUUGUGAAAUACUGAGUUAGAUGAACUACUCCAAGAAGUGGGGAAUUUAAAGACACGAAUGAGGUAGCUGUCCCAAUGUAUCCCCUAUAUACUAAACUCAGAAAUGAGGUUCUGUUUUUCACAGAGGUAAUAGUUGAGUCCUUGUACACCAUCUUUUUCAGUGAGAAUAAUACAUCGAAGGAGUAUUUUUUCUCAGAUAGCUAUGGAACUAAUUGUGUAUGAAGGUGUAAUGUUUUCUCCUCUUAAGUGCAUGUGACAGUGAGUGAUGACACCACAGUCUCAUUUGGAGGGAUGGGUUUAUUUGCUUUAAUUCAUUGAUGUCUCGGCAGCAUUCGUUACAAUGUAUAGACUUCUUUAAAUAAACUCUGGUUGGUUUUAAUAAAGAUGCUCAUGUUCAAUUCUUUA